CUUAUGCUGAUCACGGGAUGGUCAUAGCCCCGCAAUUGUUUAGUAACAAGGGAGCUAAGAAGACAGGAGGCCUAGUGGUCCAUGUUUCCUCAGACUCCCAAAUUACAAACAGUAUGGGCCAAAUAAUGGAUUGGUUUAUUGCAAUCCCGACCCGCAAAAAGGAAAGUGACUUCUCCAAUCCGCCUGGCUUCAUCCCUGAUCUCUUCGCACAACCCUUCAAUCUCAAGAUCGGAGCGCAUUUCACGCGUCAAUUUUUUAAGGAGCAAAAAGGAAAUCCAUCUCCACCUUUACCAUCGAAGCUCUAGUCUUCCAGCAAUCUCCAUUCCAAAGAGGACCGCCAUGGCUUCUGCUAUUUACGACACCCACUAGAUCCGGCAUUGUUGAACCGUCGUUGCGCGAAAACCUCUCCCUGGUGGUCCCUAAUGACAACGCCCAAGCAUGUUCUGCUCCUAGUGAAGAUUUCCGCAUCAACAUUAACUUUCAGGCAUUCCGGCAUCGGAGGUGACCAGGUCAAUACUCAUCCCGUUCGAUUAGAGUUUCCAGUGGCAUGCACCGAUUUAUACUCUUCCAUCCAAUCCAUAGCUCGAGGAAUAAUUUCUCCUUCUUCUUUCUUUUUAUGGUUCCACAAGUGGCAAUUGCGCUCAUUCCAGAUGAACCAGAGAGUUGCUACGAAGGCCUCAACCGCUUCUUCCCCUUUGUGUUAUUGGAGAACACAAAACCAUUCCUCGCAGAUAUCUUCCUCUCCCCUUAUGAAUAGGUUUUGUAGGGUUGUAGGCUACCAAACUCUUCUCACCCACCCACAGUCUUUGAAAAUGUGGAUUUGAGUUUCCUUAAGCCCGCAGAAAGGGCAUUCAUUUCCUCCUCUUCUUGUUCUAUCAUAGAUGUUUUCACCCGUAGGUGCCAGACUUGCUUCCAGUUAACUAGAACAUAUAGUUCCCCAAGGCUUUCUGUCUCCGCUUCCUUCCACUUAGCAUAGGAUGACUUAACUGUGUAAACACCCUUGUUAUCAGGACCCCAAACCCUUCUGUCUGUAGUUGGUUUUCGAGGGAUUGGUAUUUGGGAGAUUUGCUCUCUCUCUCUCUCUCUCUCUCUCUCUCUCUCUCUCUCUCUCUCUCUCUCUCUCAUGCUGGCAGAAGUAGUUGUGUAGUAGUGGAAUUUUCCAUUGUCACGUUUCAUGAUCAAUUAGAUGAGCAACAUAGGUUGGUUGAUCAAUAGAGGUUGGACUAGAAUCAAUUAUGUAGUCUUUUGCUUCAGGUAUCCAUAGAUAUUGCUUCAGGAAGUGAUGUAUUAUGACAAUUUGAGUGUAAUUUUCUUGGCCAAGGAUCAAGUCCAUCGUGAGAGGACUAAGCAUACCGAUGUGAAGUAUCAUUUAUUGAGAACAAAUAAGAGGAUUAAGGUGAAGAAGAUUGGCAUAGUGAACAAUCAUGCUGACGUGUUCACGAAGCCGGUUCCACAUGGCAAGUUCUAACACUGCUUGGACUUGCUGAAUGUUCUGAGUGGGGGAAUCCGCCCUAAGGGGCAUUAUUAAUAGUAGAGAAAAAAGGAUCACAAUACAUCAAAGAUUUCAGAAGGGAGGAUUCAAGUUAAGGUGUAGAUUUGUUGAUAUAACUUGAACUGGACCCCCAAAAGCUUCUUGGCCACCCCAGAUAACAGCCCAUCUUCUAGAGGUUUGAAAACCCGAUUUCUAUCUUUGGUUUAAGGUUUAGCACAUAUGGUCCAAGUCCACAUUUGCAUUUUAUUUUUGCCUUAGCUUGAAAAUCGUGCAAAACUCCCCUAAAAGGUAUCAAAAUGAUAAAACUAUUCAUAUAGGCUAUAAAAAGAUAGGACGAAAUAAAAAUGAAACUAACCAUAGCACAAUUUCUAAAGAUGCAUCGAUAUAGCAGAAACAUUGCUAAGAAAAGAGCAUGAAAAACACUAUUUUCAAGUGGGAACAAUGGUCAUUGAACCUAUAAAUACGUCUCCUAGAAAUCUUAGAGGAAGAGCUGAAUAAUAAUGAGUACUACUAGGCAAAAACAUCCUUCAUAAUUUGAAACCCGUAGGUGAGGAUUAGGACCGGUCGUGAGAUUUUGGAGGCCCUGUUCUGUAAACAAAAUGUGGCCCAAAUUAUUUUUCAUAAAUAUAUAAUAAAAUAGAAACGAAGUAUCAAUCAAUAAAUAAAAAUCAUUCCAUUAUUUAAUAAUAAUAUCUAUCUAAUAUGAUUUGUAAUAAAUAGUGACAAUGAUU